GGUGCUGUGAAGCCGGUGGUAAUGGAAUGCGACGCCUCAUUUCUCCCCGGAGACAUCAUCAGAAACAUUCUUAAACGGCUUCCGGUGAGAUCCCUAAUCCGAUUUCAAUGUGUGUGUAAAGAUUGGAAAAAUCUCUUUCGGACCCCAUCUUUCAUCGAAGACCAUCUCCACCACUCCACUCAUCAAAACCCUUCUCUUAUUUUACAUGGCCAUCCUCUUCUUAAUCCUUUGGACUUGUAUAUGCUCAAUCGCGAGAUGCAAGUCCUUGAAGUUCAUCGCGCACCUUCGAAUGAAUACUUAGCUGGUGCUGUAAUCAUCGGUUCUAUCAAUGGCUUGCUCUGUGCCAGACUCAGUAACCCAUCUCAGUCCAUCUUAUUAUGGAAUCCAGCCACAAGAAAGGUCAGACUGGUGGCCAGAACUGUUAAUUCUACUGAGAGUUUCAAAUUGGGAUUCGGGUUCAGUUCAGUUGUUAAUGAUCACAAGAUUGUGAGUAUUGGUGUUUUUGUGCCUAAAGAUCUGAUUCAUCGGGUGGAAGUUUAUUCACUUAGUACAAAGUCAUGGAAGAACGUGGAAUUUGAGGACUUAUUAAAUGGUGUAGCUGUUAAAUCUGAUGGUUUCUGCACAAAUGGAGCUAUCUUUUGGUUUGGGUUUAAGCCAAAUGUUGGCCAUUUGUUAGUUUCAUAUGACAUAGGAACAGAAAUGUUUACCUUCAUACCAUCGCCUAUUUCAGCCCCUGCAUUACAUGAUUCAUUUUGCAACAGUCUUACUGAGCACGAGAAUAAACUUGCUAUGCUUUCUCACACUACCGUUGGAAACUUUGAAUCUUCUUUGGUUGAUUUGUGGGUGAUGGAGGAAGGUACAGGUGCAUUUGGGGAAAGAUGGAAUUGGACUAAGAGAUAUAGUAUCAGGCACCCAUGCAUAUUACUUCCAGGGGUUAUAUUUAGGAACAUGAUCAUCUGCCAUUUCUAUGUAUUGAAAUCACGCGUUACUGCAUCUGAACAUGAAGUGCUGAAUGAUGGACCAAAUAUUGUUACAGUCAAUCUCACUACUGAUGAAUUGAAGAGGUUUACCUUCCUCAAAUGUGGCACUGGUUUUGGUGUUUUCAAUUAUGUGGAAAGCCUUGUUCCGGUUGGCAACAAUGACACUGAAGAGCUUUGACACUAAAUCUUAAUCGUUAUACUGCAGAUUUACUGUAAGACAUUUUGCUGCAGGUUAUUUUGUACAUGUGAAGGUUUGAUGCCUUUUGGAGAUUUUAUGGAGAAUUGGAAUGGUAAACGCAAAAUAUUUUGUACAUAUGAAGGUUUGAUGCCUUUUAGAGAUUUUAGUGCAUGAUGUUUGUAGCUUUGUUGAAUCUACCUAUCUAUAUAUGCUA